AUGUUUUCUCAACGUCACAUUUCGUUCUUUGUGCUCCUGUCAAGCGGAGUGUUCGCUGCUUCUCCGGCUUCGAAAGAUAUCGCCGGAUAUGCGUAUGGGCAAUCGAUUCCUGUUAGUUGUUUGAAUAGGACGAUAGAGUCAGGUGAACAUAUAAGAGACAGCCUCGGCCGACUACAAUACAUACCCUUCCCAACAUGCAACGAAACCUCUCUCCCUCUCGCGCUGCACUACGGCGUCACAGAAACUAUCUCCUGCACCAUUGAGUCUCUACCCGACGAACUGUACCAUCUGUUAGAGUACUACGUCCACUCCGACGCGCCCCUGACAUGUCGUGUGCCCACGAUCCCAUUGGAUGGCAGCAACGACUUGUCGACAGAGUACAACGUCGUCGAUGUCAGUGGUGAUAGCACCUCAAAUAGUAACGGUGGAAGCGGCACCGACAAUGGUCCACCAUAUACACCCCUCACAAUCGCCGUACAAGGAACGCUUCAACUCAGCCACCUACACAUCUGGACAGACAUGAACGUCAUAAUGCACCGCUUGAGUUCCGUCGAAUCGCCCCGCAAGGAAGAAGUCCUGUCCUCGGUAGGAGCAACAAAGAAACAUAAACAAAAGCCACCACGAUCCGCAAAGUCGCCUGGUUAUAUUGUUGCAGGAACGGCUUAUUCGUUGCCGGAAUUACAUGCGCCCAAAAAGACUGAAAAGGAGUUGUCGGAUGAAGAGGAAGAUGCAGCCAUAAUUGAGAAUGCGCGUAACCCCUGGACGGCGGGUCAUGGGUCGAAAGUUAUUCGUGGAGAGCCUUUGACGCUGAAGUUUAGGGUGAGUUGGGUUUCUGGCGCAGAUAGUCUUGGUUGGCUCGAUCAUGAGUACGAUUCACCUCAUAUCCAUGCCGGUGAAAGCUCUACGAUUUUGGGUCUGUUGACGAAGUUGGUUUUCUUUGUUAUGGCUGCUGGUAUUGGUGCAUUGUUUGCGUCCUACUGGCAAAGGGUUGUGAGGCGUGGUGGUGGCGGUGGUCCGGGGGCUUGGAGGGGGGAAGGUAUACUUGGACGCCCUAUGACGACGGCAAACAGCAAAACGAGGCGUGGAAGCGUUAGUGGUGUUACAUAUGGGAAUAGUGGGAGGUCGAAUGGGUAUGGUGGAUAUUCCCCUGCGUCUUCGGUGACGGGUAGUACACCCGCGAAUGGAGGUGGAUAUGGGUAUGGGAAGAAGGAUUAG